CUGUCAGGCGGUUUGUGAACAUCUGCCCGUACUCUAGAUCUACAAACUCUAACUGGUUAACUCGCUGCCUUUGUUUGGGCAGGAGGCCCGGACUCUUUAACAAAAAUACACUUCCUGUCACUUUGCCGAGAAUGAAGUGAAAAAGCAGUCUUUUUAAGUUCUGUUCUAGUAGUUAUUAGGUUUAGUAUAGUGGCGAGGUUCUGCACGGCGUUGGAUCCGUCAAAAUGGCUUCUACAGUGUUCUAUCUCGCCGUCCUUUCACUGGUCGUGAUCUGCACACUUGCUGGGGACAAAGUUAUUCGUGUCACACCGAAAAGCUCAAAUGAAGUCGACUUUCUAUCUUCGUUGGAAAGCAGACAGGAUCUUGAGCUUGAUUUCUGGAAGGCGCCACAGAAGCCCGACCUCCCCGUUGAUAUUCACGUGACAGAUGAAGCAUACAAGGUGCUGGCUGUUAUGCUGAAAGAACAAAAUAUUCAGUUUCAAAUAGUAAUCGUUGAUGUUGAGAAGAUGAUGCACGAUGAAAGGCGUGAAGUACAGACACGUGGUAUAGAGUUCGGCUUUCAGUACAGCAGAUAUCAUCCUUUAGAUGAGAUUGUACAAGAGUUGAGAGACCUAGCACACACACAUUCAGGAAUGGCUCAUCUGUUUAGUGUGGGUAAAUCUUAUGAAGGACGUCACCAGCAUGCUAUUAAGCUAAAAGGCCAAUCUUCACCAAACAAACCUGUUUUCUUCAUGAACUGUGGAAUUCAUGCGAGGGAAUGGGUAUCACCUGCAACUUGUAUGUACAUGAUCAAACAGAUCGUCUCAAAAUACGGACGAGACUCCAACGUGACAGAGAUGCUGAACAAGAUGGAUUUCGUUAUCAUGCCUGUGCUGAACGUCGAUGGCUAUGCGUACACUUGGCAAUCAGAUGACUACAGUCAUAGGUUCUGGAGAAAGACGCGUAAACCAAACCUCGGAACCAGUUGUGUUGGAACAGACCCAAACAGAAACUGGGACUACAAAUGGGGACUUCCAGGUGCCAGUUCUGAUCCCUGUAACGAUGCGUAUCGCGGAACUCAGCCAUUUACUGAAAUAGAAGUGAAGAAUGUGGCGGAUUACUUGAGGGAAAACCGAAAGCGAAUAGCCGGCUACAUGGACAUACACGCCUACAGUCAACUCUGGAUGAUACCCUGGGGAUACACCGAAGAUCCAACGGACGACCAUGACGAACUGAUGAGAGUCAGCAAGGAAGGAGUUAAAGCCAUAAGAAGGGCUGGUUACGGGACUCUUUACAAAUAUGGACCAUCCUCUGUCAUCAUCUACAAGAAUUCCGGUGGCAGCAAGGACUACACGUAUGGCGAAUUAGGAAUCAAGUACUCGUUUGCUUUGGAGUUAAGGGAUAAAGGACGGUACGGCUUUUUACUACCAGCCGAUCAGAUCGUACCUACAGCCAUGGAGACAUUUGAAGGAAUCAAGGCAAUGGCGAGGGAAAUGAAGCUGUAGUUACAUGUGCUUGUCUGGGGAAGGUCAUACUUGGAAUAUUCGCUCUCAGAGCGAUGAAAUAACUUAAUAAAAGAGGGACAAUGGGA